CCUUGAGUGGGUUGAGCCAUAAACCCAGAAGACUAUUGGGCUGAUCCCUAUUGCGAUUCGGAUCUUUCCCACACGCUUAUGAUCCAAUCUCUGAUUUUGAUCUUUUCUCUCUUUCUUUCUUCAGCUUCAAGGGCUUCUACACUUUGCUCUGCCGUCGAAGAAAACCCUAGAUCCCAUAACCCUAGGGUUUCUCCCUCUAAACUCCGAACCACCAUCUCUCUCUCUCUCUCUCUCUCUCUCUAGCAGCCAUGGUGAUGGAUGCGGCUCCGCCGAACAAGGUCCGUUGGGGAGAGCUCGACGAAGACGACGACGGCGAGGGGGGCCUCGACUUCCUCCUCCCGCCGCGUCAGGUGAUCGGGCCAGACCACAACGGGAUAAAGAAGGUGGUGGAGUACAAGUUCAACGAGGAAGGAAACAAGGUCAAGGUCACCACCACCACCCGCGUCCGCAAGCUCGCCAACGCUCGCCUCAGCAAGCGCGCCAUCGAGCGCCGGUCCUGGCCCAAGUUCGGGGACGCCGUACACGAGGACGUGGGGAGCAGGCUCACCAUGGUCUCCACCGAAGAGAUCCUCCUUGAACGCCCCAGGGCUCAUGGUAGCAAACCUGAAGAAACAAAGAAUGCCGGAGAUCCCUUGGCUCAAAUCGGAAAAGCAGGUGCUGUUCUCAUGGUGUGUCGGACAUGUGGCAAGAAAGGUGACCACUGGACAUCACGAUGCCCUUACAAGGAUCUCGCUCCACAAGGUGAUGGCUCCAUUGACAAACCCCCUUCAUCAGAAGUCCCAACUACUACUUCAGGACCCAGCAAGGGAGCCUAUGUUCCUCCCAGCCAGAGACCGGGUGCAGAGAGAACUGGGUCCGACAUGAGGCGUAGAAACGAUGAGAACUCUGUCAGGGUCACCAACCUCUCUGAGGAUACCCGCGAGGCAGACUUGCACGAGCUGUUCCGUACUUUUGGCCCAGUGAGCCGAGUUUACGUUGCUCUCGAUCAGAAGACCGGCACGAGUAGAGGUUUUGGUUUUGUCAACUUUGUGAACAAGGAAGAUGCUGAGAAAGCUAUAGCCAAACUCAAUGGGUAUGGUUAUGAUAACCUCAUUCUCAGAGUUGAAUGGUCUGCGCCCAGGCCUAACUAGCAGUUUUUCUCGAACCUUACAGAAAUUUAUGGUUGAACUAUCAGGCUGAAUGUUGGACCUGUUUUCAUCUCCGGGUUUAGACGUGUUUUCUUCUGUCAUCUCUUGUUAGAGAGAUUUUUGGAUAAUUUGAUGAACCAUUACGGCUUAUCUUCGCUCA